AUGCGCAAAUGGAUGCUGAAAUGGAAGCUGCCAAACCUGCUCUCCGGACUGUACUUACACAUGACCAUCCUAGUGGGCAGUGUGUGCUUAGCUUGCACUGAUAAGACUCCAGAGCGACUGGCUGCAGUUAUCAACUGUUCCAAACAUGAGCGACACACCAGAAACUACGACUACAUGGAGGGAGGGGACGUGCGGAUCCGCCGGCUCUACAGCAGGACACAGUGGUUCUUGACCAUCGACGACGAUGGAAACAUAAAUGGAACACAAGACUCCAACAACUGCUACAGCAUUCUUGAAAUUCGGACAGUCUCUGAGGGCGGGGUGCUGGCCAUAAAAGGGGUAAAAAGCCAAUAUUAUAUUUCCAUGAAUCGGGCCGGGAUCCUGCAGGGCAAGAAAGAAUACAGCGAUAGCUGCAACUUCAAGGAGGUGUUCCUGGAGAACUUCUACACCGCUUACUCCUCAGCAAAGUGGACGCGAAACGGGACAGAGAUGUUUAUCGCGUUGUCUCAGAAAGGCAGGCCGCUCAGGGGGAAAAGGACGAGGAAGGAGAAUAUAUCGUCUCAUUUCAUCCCCAGGAAAUGCAGAGAGGACGACAAAAGACUGGUGUGA